AUGGAUCCCGUCCAUAGUUUGGCUGAUGCCACCGCGGCGGCGGCGGCGGCAUCUUCAUCAUCCCUUUCCAUGUUGACUACGGUUCGCGACGAAGACGGCUGCAAUCCCAUCGAGUCUGCUGCCCCGACGCCUGGUGUUGUUGCUGAUACGGUAAAAUCUACCUCACCAUCACCCCCGGCCGCAAAGGUUGACGAGAGUUUGGUUCGUCAUGCCAUGUACUCUCCGACUUCACCUCGUCUCAUGCAUUCGGGCUCGCCUCCUCCGCGCAAGGAUACCUUGUCCUCUAUUUCAACUCAGGCCACCACGGCCACCACGGCCUCUGCUGAGACCAACAACACAUCGUACAGUGCCGACACCUCCCCUAGCUUGCAUCAAUCCAUCUUCUCAGUCAAAGACGGCUCCGACGUCUCUAACACCCGCCGCGCCAGCAGGAGACGUACUGGGCCUUUGUCACAGCAAUCUAGAGAGCGCGCUGCCUUGAUCAGAAAGCUGGGGGCAUGUCAUGACUGUCGUCGAAGACGGGUUGCCAGCCCCAACAGUCAAGAUGUAACGCCGUCCUUCGGUGCAGGACGCCCACUGAGCCCGGCUUCGUCACUGAGCAUUAUCCAACCAACUUUCGCGCACGAGACUCAGGCAAUGGAUAUAGAUUCUUCGCCAACAGCAUAUCAUCAGCCAGGCCGACACCCACUGAGCGAGGCUCGAAUUCGCACCCCGUUGCCGUCUGGCCCGAGAUUGGAAAAGUCCUUAUCCUUGCCAGGAAUCGAGAGCCUCAAAAAUGAAUUGCAACACAAUGUGCCAAAAAUCCUAUCUACAACCCAUCGCGGGCGGUACAACUCUGUUCAAGUAUUGCUGCUCUUCUGGCAUGACGACGAAGACGCGACAACCAUACAAGAUGCACUUCAAGAGUUGGCCCAUGUGUUUGACAGGUCUUAUCACUAUACGUUUCAUAUUCAAGCUAUUCCAUCUGCCUCAGAUAGUUCCAAGAGCUCAUGGAGAUGGCUCUCACGCCGGCUGAAUGAUUUUGCCGAAGAUUGCGAUCAACGCGACGUUUUAAAAAUCGUUUAUUACGCUGGACACACAUGUCUCGAUGGCAACAGGGAAAUGAUUUUGACUAGCUCAAUGGACAAAGAUCAGGCUUCUACAAUCCGAUGGAGUGGCAUGCAACAAAUAUUAGAGGAGGCUUGCGCAGAUGUACUCAUUCUUAUGGAUGCUGCUUACUAUCCGUCGUCCAAGAUUGUACGGCGAAAAGGCGUCUUGGAGCUCCUUGCAGCCUCGGCAUCUGAGGAUCACGCUACCUCUCUUGGCCGGUGUGCAUUUACAAGAGCUCUAUCGGAGCUUUUGAGUGCUCGGGCUGCGCGAUCUGCCCCUCUCUCGGUGGUAGAACUGCAUGCGUUACUAUUGUCACACUAUCCCAAGAUUGUUCGGGACACAACUCCCGAACGCGAGACGCUGACGACGUUUCCUGUUCCGCUACAUACAAUGAUGUCUGGCAAUUCAAGAUUGCCGUCAGUAUUUCUUUCUCCUAUCCAUCACCCCAGCCCGACGCGAAAUAGUUUCUCCUAUGAAAACAAUCCGCAACUCCAUCUUUCUAUUCGACUGACCGACGAUAACGUUGAUAUUGAAAGCUGGAACGAGUGGCUACGGCUGAUGCCAGAGGGUGUCAAAGACGUGAAGAUUGACGGCCCCUUUCGGCCGUCUUUUAGACCUGGGUAG